AUGUUGGAACAUUUGUCUUCCAAGUUCAGGUUGCCACCUGUGGAGCGCGAACCUCGAGCCGCUCUUAUUCUGAACCGUUUUACGAGAACGUUGACUGUGAUGUUUGCAACGGAUUCUAUCGCUUCUAUUCUCGGGGUUCCGGCCGAUCAAGUUCAGCACAAAAGCUUCUACGAGUGUAUUCGAGAAAGCUGCCUCGAUGACGCUGUCAGAUGUCUUGAGAGUGCCAAGGCUAACGAUUCCAUUGCCUACUUGCGCUUCUGGUCCAGAGACCCUCGACGACCAGAAGACUUCGAAGAUGAAGAGAGUAACAUCGAUGGAGAGUCCACUCUUGACGCCACCAACGUUGAUGGAGUUGCUAGAAGCGAGGAGCCGCCCUACUACUCCAACCAGCAUACCAGUAGCCCAAGUCCAGAUCAGAAUAGGUCUGACAGAGGUUCGCUGGCACCUAACCGUCAACAACGGGCUGAAAGUCGCCGCUCCAGUGAUUCCGAAGGAGGUGGUGUAAAACUGGAUGGCGCCAUGGACCUUGACUCACGUUCCAACUCGAGUUCUUACCAACGUCCCUGCGCCAGCGCCGGUGCUGGUCCUUCUGUCAAGGCAGAGCCUGACGUGGAAAUGCAAGAUGGUUUCCUUUCUGUUGAUGACAUGACAUCAGGGGAAUCGCGUACCACAAGCUCCAACGCCUUGGGCUCUAACUCUCGUAACUCACAAGCUGGCGGAUAUCAGACUCCUCCCACCCCUCCGUCUCCGCAGCCUGUUGGUACUAACACACCACGGGCGAGCAGAGAACGCAGUGAACGCAGUCGCCCCGCACCACAGCUGGCACCUUCUGUUGAACUAGAAGCUGUUGUUUCUUGUACUUCUGAUGGCCUCGUCGUUAUCAUUCGCCGAGCACGACCUCAGAUUCCUGAUGCCCAUAACCCCAAUAUCCCUUCUACCAACGACCGCGGCGUUUUCGCUGCUCCCUGGGCACAGCAGCCUUUCCAGGCUCAGUACGCGCACGAGUCUUACCACAAUUUCCAGGCUCCCUAUGCUCCGCAACAUAUGCCGCUGCGUAGCGGAGUUCAGGCUGCUGGAGGUCCGCCCAUGGACCAGCUCAUGCAGUCCAUCAGAGACGUUGCUGUCUUUGCCUGGGCCCUUUGUGGUAUCAACGGAAACAUAGCUCAAUAUGGCCAUGGCCAACCAUCGGGAGAGGCCCAGCCUCCAGACGGUCUCCCUAUUUGGGAUCCCGAAGGAGCUGAAACUUCGUACGAGGGGCCGUGGAAUCAAGCCGCUGAGCGUUGGGCCCGAGAGGAUCAACGACAGCAGGAUUCAGUCUCGACUGAGUUUUCCAUGGAAGGCACGGCAGAUUAUAGCUCGCAUGGAACGGGGUAUCAAAACCAUACAACCAACGGCCAUGGGAAUUCUUGGCUCCCGCAGCCAUCUGCUUACCAGCAAAAUCAGAAUGCAUUUGCGUACAACAACCACCAAAGCCACGGGAUCCAACAGAAUUACGCGGAUAACUCCUCGCAACAGCAUCCAAGCCAUUGGAAUAACGGGCAGCACAACGGGCAGCACUGGACUGGGAAUGGACAGGCACCUCCUUCAACUGAGGAAACUCGUGACCACAGCCGCAGAUGGUAUUGA